UUGUACGCGAGCGACGACAUAACCCCCCCGCAAUUUUCGAGGCCAGCAUAGUAGCUCGCGUUCUUUAUGUGCUGCGGAAGAAAGAGUAUAAUGUCCAUCGAGGAAAAAAGAAACACAUUAGAUAGAAAAGACCCACGCGUGUGCAUAAAUGUACAUCCCUGAUGGCUAAUAGGGUAUAAUAAGCAGGUGCAUUAUAAACGCGGCAUCAAAUAUGCAAAUUCCCGCGGUGCGCGGACCCGCGACGAUAGGAUUAGUGCGCAUCUCGGCGUCAGUACUGAUCCAGGGAGACAGCCCUUCGGUAACUCCAGCUUUCGAGGAUUACACGAAGCUCAAUUCUCUACUCUUCCGAUGUAUGGGUAUGGGCAUUGGUACAGAUGGCAAUAAAAGGGACAAAAGAUCGCAGAUUAUAGAACGGGUGCCAACGGUGCUGAUAAACAUUAUCUGUCUUUUGGAUUUCGUCUAUCAAAUGCAAUGGAUCAACGACAUUUGGAAGACUGAUAAGAAAUUUGUUCUGCAAAUCUUGACCAACGCUCUUUCCAAUUUUGUCUGCCUUUGCAAGGGCUUUCGACUGGUGUAUAACAGGGAGGAUUUGCAAACGCUUUUCGAAGAUAUGGCAGUGAUUUGGCGGAGAAGGAUGCCGCGUCACGAAAUACGCAACGAAAUUUCAAGAGAGGCACAGAAAACGCUCGUCUUCUGCAGAUUCUACGUCAUCAUGAUUUUAUUCCUCAGCCUUUCCUUCUGUCUGCCGCCACUCAAAUAUUUCAUUCUGCAAUUCACUGAUCGGAAUGCUAAUCGCACUUACGAUUACACUGAGAGAAUCUUCUUCGUAAGAUAUCCCUUCGAAGUAAACAAUUUAAAAGUUUAUAACUUUCUUUUCAUCCAAGAAUUAUGGGUACUUUAUGCAGCUGCUUUACACUGGAUGUGUUGUGAUACUUUAUUCGUACAAUUGACAAGCCAUACGUCUUUGCAAUUUAAGAUAUUGCAUUACGAUACAGAAACCUCGGAUAACACAAAAGACGAACGGCAAUCAAGAAAAAACAUUGUAGACAUUAUUAGGAGACAUCAAGAGUUGCUGAGAAUUUGUGAUGCGAUCGAAGAUGUUUUCAGUCCAAUAAUCUUCAUAAUUAUGCUCUUAUCAGCCAUUACCAUGUGCGUUAAUCUGUUUGAAUUGCAAGAGAUGUUUUUGGAAGCUCAGUAUGCCGGAAUAGCCCUCCAAAGCUUUCAUUUUAUGAGCGUUUUUUUUCAGUUACUAGUUUACUGCGACUACGCUGAGACAUUAACCGAGCAGGCGGGUUCGAUAGCCGAAGCAGUUUACAACAGUAAAUGGACGGAGAAUGGUCACGUGCUCAGGAUGAACUUGCAAAUGUGCAUUAUGAAAUCGCAAAAGCCGUUUUACUGCACUGCUUACGGAUUUUUUCCAAUAGAUCACCAACGGAUAACCACUAUUCUAAAAACGGCCAUGUCCUACUACAUGAUGCUCUACCAAACGACCAGUUAAAAUCAUAAGUAUACUUUACAAGUUUUACACGUUUUCAAAGUUUAUUUUAUUAAAUUAAAAUCGAUCGUACAUUUAAAUCUUGGACAUUUUUUAACACUAGACCCGAUAAAAAAGUCCACAUUACUUCUACCCUGCUGCAAUGCUUUUGGGGAAAGGAUCUUUUUUAUCUAUUCAGGUGCAUUCUAGCUGAAUAUAAAGGUACCCAAAAAUUGUUCUCUUCCUCGGGUAUAUGAACAUUGCCAAGUAUAUUCUGGUAUAUUCUAAUGACUUACGAUUCUAUCUGAAAAAGCGCCACGGGACCUUCAGCGUUAGCCCUGAUCAAGGAGUGAUCAGGUACUUGUUAUGAGGAUCCAAAAAUCCUUGAUCAGGGCUUGCGGUCCUCUCAAUUGAAGUCUGGGUUUUUAUACAGGUGCAGCGAGUUUAUUACUCUAAUGAUACGUUACGAGUUGCACUUUGUUAUUUUCGAAAAGAUUCCGCACUAAUAUGAAAACCAGAUGUGCUGUUAACCGAAAAAAGUAAAAGAUAAAGGUUUGGAAUCCAUCAGCACCAUAGGUUGUUACGAGUUUUCCAACUCCCAGUAGGAGAAUAAAUUUUACAUUUAUAAAACUUUGUAAGUGAGUGCAUCUGAAAUAUGAUUGUUAAGAAUAUAAAUACUCAUCCUCUGUUUAAAAAAUGCUACAACACAUCUAUGAAAACC